AUUUUUGUAAUCAAUAAAAAAGAAAACAAUUUAUUUGUAGUCUUCGGUUAAACUUUUAAGCAAUUUUUAUGUUUUUUCGACCUUACCCAUCACUAGUUUCUACACCGCCCCUCUUGUCGUAUAUACGCACGUUUCUCCCACCAAGAGCAGUGGAGAAGAAAUGUGUGUAUAGUUCGGCCGUUGCUCUUAUUCUUAGUGCACAUUUUUUGGCUGACUUUUUAACAUUGCAUGAAUUGCAUUGGUGAUCUCCCGACUCAUCUCUGUUGCUACAUGCAAUGAGAAUAGAUAUUUCCGUAAGAGAGUAUUAAUCCAAUCUGUCUUAUAAAAAGUUCGUCGAUCAAGUUUCUGGUAUUGAUAAUUAAACAACAAAUUCUCAUUAAUGUCGCCCAUAUUCCCUAAAGAUGCGUCUUCAACUGAAAUGUUUUUUCGAACUGUAAAUGGAAGUAAAUUAAAGCUCAUUGAUAAAAGUACAAAGGCUAGAAAUGUUAUGAAAUUUGUUUUAUAUAGGAACAUACAGUUGAAUGUGAAUAAAACUCUCCUUUUGUUAUUUGUAACAGUAGUUUUAUGGAAGGCAUUUAAUAUCUUCAUACCCUUUCUUGCAUGUGCAUUAGUAUUGAUACUACAACUCAUCUGUUUUGUUGCUUCUGUAAAUAAAGAUACACUAACAGUGGUAGAAUUUGUUGGUAUAUAUACUGAAGGAAAAAGAAUAUUUCAUGGUUCUAGUUCAUGUGAAUUUAUUCCGUGGGAUAUAGUGGUGGAUAUAUUUAUUAAUGAAGUUAUAACAGGACAAAAAGUAUUGUAUUACCUUACAAUUAUAAUAAGAGAUUCACUUGGAGGAAAAGAUUCAAUAAAAUUAGUUCCCUUAUUUCAAAAUUUAAUACCUGAAAGAAAAUGCCUGGAAUAUAUCUACGAAAAACUAGCUGGAUUGAUUGGACCCAAAAAGAGAAAAAUCUAACUUUAACAGUGCCUGGCUCAUACUGGUUGUGUCAUAAGACCAACAUAUACAAAUUUAUUUUUAGGUAUCACCGCACAAAUAGAAAUAUAAAACAAUUUAAUUAUGGAAAAGAAUUAAUGAAAGUUAUUAGAAAGAUUAUCAAAAAUCCACCUUCCCAGAAACAACAAUUUGGUACAAGUCAUCUUUUAGUUACUUUCGAACAUACACCAUGGACUAGACAAGAUAAAAUGUUUGCAUUAAUGAAGUUUAGAGAACGAUCGGUUGUAGCAUUUUCUUGUGCAUUUAUAUUAACUAUAACACCCAUUGAUUCUUUAAGAAUAGAACAGAAUUCAGAAAAUAUAAUUUCUUCUGAUCGUUCUUUAAUCUAUCAGAAUGAAAGUUCAACUGAUACAUAUGAACGUGAAAAUAAAAAUGAGAAAGAAAGUAAAAAAUGUUUAAAGCAUUCCUCUAAAGAUGAUUCUUCAAAGACAGACGCGCAAUGUAAUAAUAUGCAAGAAAUUUUAAGAUGUGAAAGUAAAAACAUUCAAGCAAAUAAUAAUAUAGGAAAUACUAAUUUAAAAAAGUUAUUAUUAAAUGAAGAAACAGUAAAACAAACAGGUAACAGUGAAGAUACAAAUAAAUUCUGUAAACAUUUAAAUAUGUCACCUAAACAUAGUAUAAAACUAAAUGAUAAAAUGAACGAAAGUAAUGUUAACUGUUUAGAAGAUAGUAAUAUUAAACAUCAAUUAUCGGAUGAUAAGAUAAAAAUCAAUAACUGUAAUAUUGGAAAAGACAAAAAUAAUUCUGUAUCAAAUAAUAGUAAAAUGUUAAAUAAUAGUAGCGUUGUUGAUGAUAUAAAUACAGAUUCUGUUAAUUUGCCAUAUCAGUACUUGAUAGAAAAAGAAAUAGAAGCUACAAAGCAGAAUAUGUUAGAAUUAAAUGCAAAAGAUAUUACAAACCAUAUAGAAGCACAUUCAGAUAUUACCAAAAUACAAGAUUUAUCUUGUCCUAAGAAAAAGAGCUAUGUAUUAGAUAAUGUACCACGAUCCUCUGAUAUUACAGAUUUAGUAAUGGAAGGAUUAAUGUUUACAAUUCGUCAGGACCAAGAUACUGUAGCAGUUAUAGAACAAAAAACUAAGUUGGAGAUUGAUGAAGUAUUGGAAAAUUCUGAAAAAAUUGAGACAAAGGAAGGUGAAAAGUGUUUACGAAAUUCUAGUUUACUUGGCUUGGAAAACUUAAUAACAAUGCUUGAAUUACCAAAAGGGAAUGAACCUGGAGAUAAAUAUCAAAAUAUAGUUAGUCAGAAACCUACUUUGAGGAAUCAGUCUAUGAGAAAACACUUAUUUAACAAUGUAAAAUAUCCUUUAACAAAUAAUAAAAUUAAAGAACAAAAUAGUACAAUUGAGUUAAAACACAUGCAAUGGUAUCCUUUUAAUAAUUCUAUUUCAGCUAGUACUAGUUAUUCAAAUAAUGAUAACAUAGAUAUUACAAAUAAACGUCGCUAUUCCGAAAUAUAUGAUAAUUCUAAAGAUGAAGAGGAUGCGAAAUUUAUAAAAUAUAAAAAUUUGAAGUAUGAAGAAGAAGAAGAAGAUAUAAUACCAGAAGCAUUACAAAAUGAAACAUGUAAAUUAUCUACAUUAUCUCUUAAAGCAGAUAAGUCUGAAGAUAAAUUAAACUUUAUACCAAAUAAAGAUUUAUUAAUGAAUGACGUUAAUAAUGAAGAGUCAAUCAAAUAUGAAAUAGAUAAGGAUGAACUCAAAUCUUCUUUUAAUAAUAACUUACAUCCUAAAAAAUACACAAAAAGUGAUUGUCCAAAUUCAGUAUCUAUUGACUCUCAAAUAAAUAAAGCACAAAAAUUGCAUAAUAAUGCAGUAUGUGAAUCUAAAUUUCAUGAUACAAACAAGUAUAAAUCAAAUGUUCCAGUAAUUAUCUCAAAUCAAAUUAUUAGUCUAAAUGAAAUACCUUUGCCCUUACAAAAAAUACUUAAAAAUAAAUUAUCAAUAAAACAUAAUUCCUUAAAUGAUAAAACUAAAAUAAACAAAGAUAAUAUUGAGAUUCACGAGACACAACCAAGUCAAAAUGCAGGUAGUAUUUCCAGCAUACAAUUAAAAAAUCAAAUUUUAAAUAGUCAUACAGAGACAUCAUCAAAAGAUCAUGAAAAAUUUGUGCAAGAUAAUAGAAAAACAUAUAAUGAAAGCAUAUCAUCCUCAAUAUUAAAAACGGAAGAAAAAUGUUCCAACAGUUCCAAGAACAUCAUGGAGUUAAACGAAGAGAAAUCACAAAACCAGAAUAAUUAUAUUGACAAAACAAGAUUGUCAUCAAAUAAAAUAAAAGAUGUUACACAAGAAUUUUAUAAACAGUUUUCACAUUUGCAGAAAGAAAAAGCUCUAACAAAUCAAAAACGCCUUAGAUCAAGCAGAAAAUCGUUGAAUUAUGCUAACAAUGGUGAAAUGCAUAUACAAAUGGCCAAAUUUUUUCAAGAUAUUACAAGAGGAGCCAAGGUUGUUGUAACACGUAUAAGUGUAAAUAAAUAUUCAUAGUUUAAUAAUAAAAAAUUUAUCUUCAACAGUAGAAAUAUGUCAAAUUUUCAUAUUUAUCAACAAGUUAAUUUAUAGAUUUAGUACUGUUAUAUUUAGAACAUAAAACUUUCAUAUUUAUCUAUCACUUAAUUUAUGCAUUUAGUAGUAAUAAAUAUAGUAUUUUUUGUACAUGUGUUUUAUUCAAUGAUUAAAUUUCAAAUAAAUAUAUAUAACACUA